AUGGAACGUUUUAAUAUACAAUUCGAUAAAUACACAAAAAUAUGGAGUGGCCCAAAAGCGACGAAUUUCUUUGAUGCCGACUGUUCUAUUGGCAAAAUAUUAUUUGCAUUUAUGAGGAAUAAUCCCAAAAAUAUAUGUCAGAUUUCCGAUACAGAGGGCACUGCUUUAACUAACUCUGAAGCUAUAACAUUUGGUAUACGUAUUGCCCAACAUUUCAAAACGAUGGGCUUAAAACAAGACGAUGUAGUGGGUAUUGUGGGAGCCAAUACCACCUACAUGAUGCCUUUGGUCUUAGGUUGUCUUUUAAAUUGUACACCAUUUCAUGCUAUUAAUCAUCAAAAUGAUGAAGCCACUGUAAAACAAUUGUUUCAAAACACCCGACCAAAAAUAAUCUUUUGCGAUGGUAGCGUUUACCUGAAUGUGGCAACAAUUUCGAAAAUUUUAAAAGCCAAAGUCUAUACAAUGAAAGAUCACCGUAUGGAUUUGCCAAAAAUAGAAAAUCUUCUUGAACCAACAAAUGCCGAAUUAUUUUAUGUUCCAGAAACUCUUAAACUUGGCGGCGAUCAAACAGUAGCAAUUCUUUGUACAUCUGGAACAACUGGAAUGCCAAAAAAUGUAUGCAUUUCUAACUCUUCAUGUCACUUUGAUUUCGGAUUUGUCACUGGCCAAGAUGUAUUACUCUCCUUUAGCACCAUUGAUGUCUCCUCAGGCAUGUUUAAUAUGCUCUUUUCUUGUGGUCAUGGUUCAACGCGCGUCAUAACAGAUAAACCUUAUUCGCCAGAGUAUUUAUUAGAAUUGAUAUAUAAAUAUCAAGUGACCCUACUAACUCUAACUCCCAGAUGUUUAAUAACUUUGGUAAAAUGUUCCGAUUUAUCUAAGAAAAAGUUAGCCAGUGUUAGAUUUAUAAGUAUGACCGGUGGCAAUUGUCCAGUUACCACUUUAUUAAAAAUGCAAGAUUACCUAACGAAUGGUUUUAUAUCCUAUGGCUAUGCCUUAACUGAGUGUGGAGGUGUAGCCGCUAAUAUGGGUGUCAGUCAUCCUAAUAGUUCAGGCAAAAUAGUACCUGGUGUUAAAGUGAAAAUUUUGGAUGAGAAUGAUCGUAGUUUGGGUCAUGGCGAAAUGGGUGAAAUUCUAGUACAUACCGGCAAAAACUGGAAUGGUUACUAUGGAAAUCCUUCGGAAACAAAACGCAUGCAAGAUUAUCAAGGUUGGUUCCACACUGGCGAUAUGGGUUACUUCGAUAAGGACAAUUAUUUAUAUAUUGUGGAUCGUAAAUGUGAUUCGCUAAAAUUCCAUGGCAUGCAAUAUUGGCCACAUGAAAUCGAACAAUGUGUAGCCGAGUUGCCAGAUGUUAUAGAAGUUUGUGUUUUCGGCCUCUGGAAUGAUGUGGAUGGUGAUGCAGCUGCUGCUGCGGUAGUAAAGGUCGAAGGCAGUAAACUGAGUGAACAAGAUAUUGUAGAAUAUGUAGCCAAACGUUUAGUGGUCUCUCAUAAGCAAUUGCACUGUGGAGUCUUCUUUUUAGAUGAUUUACCCAAAACAGGCAGCGGUAAAGUUUUGAAGGAUAAAGCCCGUGACAAGGCAUUAGGUAAACAUUGGGUACCACCAAAACCCCUUUUCAAUAACAAUAGAUAUGUGCAAUAA